UUUAGGCGCGACGAGUCGAGCGUCGAGCGGCUCUACCGGCGCCGCGCGCGACCACCCACCCUCCUACCCAACGGCCGGCGGCCCCGGGGUCCCGGUCCCGGUCCUGGCGCGGCGAGCGGCAAGCGGCUCUGGGUGUGGGACUUGAGGAAACGCGACGAGUUUCUCUAUUCCGGGGCGCCGGGGACCAACAGUGGCCUCUCCGGGCCUGGCCGAGCCGGUGCCCGUGGGGGCGAUGCUCCCCAGCAUGUGGGGGUUUUUGAGGCGCCCCGUCACGGUGACAGCCAACAUCAACCUGAACCUGGUGUUUCUGACGGCUCUGGGGCUGCUGAGCCGCCUGUGGGGCCUCACCCACCCUCGUGCUGUGGUCUUUGACGAGGUCUAUUAUGGGCAGUAUAUCUCCCUCUACAUGAAGCGGAUUUUCUUCCUGGAUGCCAGUGGGCCCCCGUUUGGCCACAUGCUGCUGGCCCUGGGAGGCUAUUUAGGAGGAUUCGAUGGCAACUUCCUGUGGAACCGUAUUGGAGCAGAAUACAGCAACAACGUGCCUGUGUGGUCGCUGCGCCUGCUGCCAGCGCUGGCAGGGGCCCUGGCAGUGCCCAUGGCUUACCAGAUCAUGUGGGAGCUGCGCUUUUCCCACUGCACGGCUAUGGGAGCUGCACUGCUGCUGCUCAUCGAGAACACGCUGAUCACACAGUCGAGGUUGAUGCUGCUGGAGUCAGUGCUGAUAUUUUUUAACCUCUUGGCCGUACUGUCCUACCUGAAGUUCUCCAGCUCCCAGAAGCACAGGUCCUUCUCGCUGAGCUGGUGGCUUUGGCUGAUGCUGACCGGAGUGUCCUGUGCCUGUGCGGUGGGCAUCAAGUACUCCGGUGCCUUUACGUACCUGCUGGUGCUCAGCAUAGCCGCUGUCCAGGCCUGGCACCUCAUUGGGGACCACAGCCUGUCUCACGUACGGGUGGUCUGUCACCUGCUGGCCAGAGCCGCAGCUUUGCUGGUGCUCCCUGUGCUCCUGUACCUGCUCUUCUUCUACAUCCACCUGCGGUUGCUCUACCGCUCUGGGCCCCAUGACCAGAUCAUGUCCAGCGCCUUCCAGGCCAGCCUGGAGGGAGGCCUGGCCCGCAUCACGCAGGGACAACCCCUGGAGGUGGCUUAUGGGUCGCAGGUCACUCUAAGGAGCGUCUCGGGGAAGCCUGUGCCCUGCUGGCUGCACUCGCACCACAACACCUACCCCAUGAUCUAUGAGAAUGGCCGUGGCAGCUCCCACCAACAGCAGGUAACCUGCUACCCCUUCAAGGACGUCAACAACUGGUGGAUGGUAAAGGACCCCAACAGGCAUCAGCUGGUUGUUGACAAUCCCCUAAGACCAGUGCGGAAUGGUGACAUCAUCCAACUGGUACAUGGCAUGACCACCCGCUUCCUCAACACGCACGAUGUGGCAGCGCCCCUGAGCCCGCAUGCGCAGGAGGUAUCCUGCUACGUGGACUACAACAUCUCCAUGCCCGCCCAGAACCUCUGGAGGCUGGACAUUCUGAACCGGAAGUCAGAUACGGAGAUCUGGAAGACAAUCCUGUCGGAUGUGCGCCUGGUACACGUCAACACAUCAGCUGUGCUCAAGCUGAGCGGGGCAAACCUCCCAGACUGGGGAUUUGGGCAGCUAGAGGUGGUGGGUGAGAAGCAGCAUCAUGCCUUCCACGAGAGCAUGGCAUGGACUGUGGAGGAACACCGCUACGGCCAGAGCCAAGAGCAGAAGGAGCGGGAGCUGGAGCUGCACACACCUACCCAGACUGACCUCAGCCUGAACAUGAGCUUCAUGGCUAGGUUCUCAGAGCUGCAGUGGCGGAUGCUGACAGUGAGGAGUGAUGACACAGAGCACAAGUACAGCUCCACGCCGCUCGACUGGGUCAUGCUCGACACCAACAUCGCGUACUGGCUGCACCCUAAGACCAGCGCACAGAUCCACCUGCUGGGGAACAUUGUGAUUUGGGCAUCGGCCAGCCUGGCCACUCUGCUCUACGGCCUGCUCCUCUCCUGGUACCUGCUGCGCCGCCGCAGAUGCAUCCAUGACCUCUCUGAGGAUGCCUGGCUGCGUUGGGUGCUGGCUGGGGCCCUCUGUGCCGGGGGCUGGGCGGUGAAUUACCUUCCCUUCUUCCUGAUGGACAAGACACUCUUCCUCUAUCACUACCUGCCUGCGCUCACCUUCCAGAUCCUUCUGCUCCCAGUGGUCCUGGAACAUGUCUGCGAGCAUCUGUGCAGGUCCCAGAUGCAGAGGAACAUCUUCCAUGCGCUCGUGGUGGCCUGGUACUCCAUUGCCUGUCAUGUGUUCAUCUCGUUGCGUCCCCUGACCUAUGGAGACAGGGCCCUGUCAGACAGCGAACUCCAGGCCCUGCGCUGGAGAGCCAGCUGGGACAUCCUGAUUCGGAAACACUAGCUGGACUGGGCCAGGGUCAGAGCAGUCCUUAGAAGCGGGUCUGUGUGCCUUGAGCUGAGGGCCGCCCACCUUGGACAGCCAGGCUCUCCGGGGUCCCUGUCCUGAGGAUACUCCCCUGCAGACCCCCUGUGCCGGGCAGGAGGAGUCGGGGCUGGACGCUGGUCUCAGACUUUGGCUAAGGGCCAGGCUGGACCUCUUCCUCUCAGUCCCCGUUGUGCCUCUGGGGGCCGGCCUGGCUCCCUGUAUUAACUCAGCAUCCAAUAAUCUACCGAGAGACAAGUGUCUGGGCACACUUGGAACUCAGGGUCCCCUCAAGGUUUGUGUCUGUACACAAACUUUCCAGAAGGUUCUGCAGAGAGCCAUGUGUGCCAGGGCCUAACCGGCCCAUCUCCUCU